AUGGCCCGCUCAGGCUGGGAUAUCCUGGCCGUUUGGGUCGACGUGCAGCAGCUUGGAGGAGCUUGGGGAGGAGAAACCACACCAGCUUGGAAUUCAGCUGCUGGUGUUUGCUGGCACUUAGCUUGGUGCAUUGCUCCUUCUAGCCUCUUCUGCCGUGCAACUCUGCCCCGCGCGAUUCCUGCCGGCCUUGAUUAA